AUGAGCAGCAGCUACGAGGUCUGUGGCAAGACCUCGUGUGUAUGGGCUCAGCAGCAUGCUAACGGCAACAGAGAUCACCCGCACAUUCCAGUAUGUACCUUUCGGCCAGCAUUAUCAAGACUGCAAGUUAGCCAUAAUUUUCCGGUCGAUGUCAUUUGCGACGAGGUGCAGACCUUCUAUUGGGGUCUGAACGGUUCGACAUUAGGUCACGCUCAUCCCCCUGGGCCCCACGGACCUGAAACACUAAACCCGGAAAACCCAGAAAGGGCAGGAACGCCUCCGUUUUUGAGCAAUACUGAGGUCUUAUUACGUUGCGACUGUGCCUCCAACAAGCCGGGUAUAUGGUGCAGCCUCCUAGCUGGCAUACAACAUCAGAGCCGAGGCUCUGUGCCAAUGUUGUACGCACGAACACAAUACCGUAGUGCCGCUGAUCUAGGACUCGAAGCCCGCUUCCUCUUGCCCGUCGAUGAACUAGCGCCUUCGCGCACCCGGCAGACCGAUCUGGCGACAUUGCACUACCGUGGGCUCCUGGCACGAGCAAGCUCAACUUGGACAGGACUUCGUGACUACAACAGUAAGGCACGUUGGUGUUCCGCGGAUGUACAAGACUUUAGUUUGGCGAGUAUGUACGAUAAUGAACCCUUGAAGCUUGAUAAGGGUGAUCAUCGGACGAUGCAGAUGGCCUGGUAG